CGCACCGAGUAGUUUGACAUUGACGUUUACUGUAUCUGUUUCCGGCCUUUACGGUUUUCUCAGCUCCCAUAGCAAUCAUGGCGGUGAACAACAUUUCAAAAAAGCGAAAAUUCGUCGGAGACGGAGUUUUCAAGGCGGAACUGAAUGAGUUCCUCACUCGGGAGCUGGCCGAAGAUGGUUACUCCGGCGUGGAAGUGCGCGUCACCCCAACGCGGUCGGAGAUCAUCAUUAUGGCCACCAGAACCCAGAGCGUACUGGGAGAGAAGGGUCGCAGAAUUCGUGAACUGACCUCCGUGGUCCAGAAGCGUUUCAACAUCCCUGAACAGUCUGUUGAGCUGUACGCUGAGAAAGUCGCCACUCGCGGUCUCUGCGCCAUCGCGCAAGCCGAGUCUUUGAGAUACAAACUUAUCGGAGGUCUCGCUGUCCGUCGUGCCUGCUAUGGUGUGCUGAGGUUCAUCAUGGAGUCUGGCGCCCGCGGCUGCGAAGUGGUAGUGUCUGGCAAGCUCCGUGGCCAGCGUGCCAAGUCGAUGAAGUUCGUCGACGGCCUCAUGAUCCACUCCGGAGACCCAUGCAACGACUACGUCAACACCGCCACCAGACACGUACUGCUCCGGCAAGGCGUGCUUGGAAUCAAGGUAAAGAUCAUGCUUCCGUGGGACCAGCAAGGCAAGAACGGCCCCAAGAAACCGCAGCCCGACCACAUCCUGGUCACGGAGCCCAAGGACGAGCCGGCGCCCCUCGAGCCUACCAACGAGCGCGCCAUGGCGCCGCCGCCUGCGCAGCCCGUAGCCGCCUCGGCAUAAGUUUACGUUAAUAUACACUCGUAAAAACA